GGAGUCUUGCUCUGUCACCCAGGAUGGAGUGCAGUAGCGUGAUUUCAGCUUACUGCAACCUCCGCCUCCCGGGUUCAAGCAAUUCUCCUGUCUCAGCCUCCCGAGUAGCUUGGAUUACAGGCGCCCACUACCAUGCCCGGCUAAUUUUUGUAUUUUUAGUAGAGACAGGGUUUCACCAUGUUGGCCAGGCUGGUCUUGAACUCUCGACCUCAGGUGAUCCUCCGGCCUCGGCCUCCCAAAGUGCUGAGAUUACAGGCAUGAGCCACCACGUCCAGCCUAUUGUAUUUAUUUUUCAAGUCACUUAUCCUUAUCUGAGAUUUAUCUUCAUCAUUGAUGUUUUCUCUUGUCUGUCUUCCUCUACUAGAAUACAAGCUCCAUAAUACCAGCAGGGCUCAUGUCUGUUUUCAUUAUUAACUCCCAGAUCAGAGUACAUGUUCAAUAAAUGUUUGAUGAAGGAAGGAACAGGUUAGGUGUGUGAGUGUACCAGUAUUACCUUAUUCAUUCAGCAUAAGUAUCAGAAUUAUUAUUAUCAGUAUUAGUAUUUAGUCAGCAUUAUUAUACUCUCAACAUAGACUAAGAUACUGGAGCCCAGGUGGGUGAAAUAAUUGGCUCAAGGUCACUGAACCAGGAAAUGAUGGCGCUGGAAUUCUUAGCUUCCGCUUCCUCCCCGCUUCCAGAGUUUCACAAGUUUUUUUUUGUUUGUUUGUUUGUUUGUUUGCGACAGAAUCUCACUUAGUCCCCCAGGUUGGAAGGCAGUGGUGCAAACUCAACUCACUGCAGCCUCCACCUCUCGCGUUCAAGCGAUACUCAUGGCUCAGCCUCCCAAGUAGCUGGGAUUACAGUCGCCUGCCACCACGCCCGGCUAAUUUUUGUAUUUUUGAUAGAGACGGGAUUCCACCAUGUUGGCCAGGCUGGUCUCGAACUCCUGACCUCAGAUGAUCUGCCCGUCUCGGCCUCCCAAAGUGCUGGGAUUACAGGCGUGAGCCACAACACCCUGCCGAGUUUCACAAAUUUCAUCUCCCAUCCUCUGAUCCCCCACCACGGGGCCAACUUCACCAGCCCAAUCUCAGUUCAUGCCACAGAAAUCUGGCCUCUUUUCCCAGACUCCUAUCCAGCUCCAAGCUCCAUCAGGGAAAGCAGACAUCCGGCCCCAGGGCAAGACCUCAAAACUCAAGGGUCCUGAGAAUCGGGCCCUCCCACCCCUGACGCUUGCCCCCCCCAGAACCCCAUUCCAAGAGUUUCUCAUCUCAACCCUGGGAGGGAGCCCCAGAUGAUGUCUGUCUGGAGGGAUUGGGUGGGGGCCCAAAGAAAGAGGAACCGGAGUGCCUGGGCCCUCCCACUGGCAGCCGACCUCAGCUGGGUGCGGUGAGGGUGGGUUUAUAAAAGGGUCAGUAUAUAUUGAGAGGAGGAGAGAAAGAGAAACGGGAGCAAGAGAGAAGGAGGCCCAGACAGUGAGGGCAGGAGGGAGAGAAGAGACGCAGAAGGAGAGCGAGCGAGAGAGAAAGGGUUCCGGAUUGGAGGGGAGAGCAAGGGAGGGAGGAAGGCGGUGAGAGAGGCGGGGGCCUCGGGAGGGUGAAAGGAGGGAGGAGAAGGGCGGGGCACGGAGGCCCGAGCGAGGGACAAGACUCCGACUCCAGCUCUGACUUUUUUCGCGGCUCUCGGCUUCCACUGCAGCCAUGUCACUCCUCUUGCUGGUGGUCUCAGCCCUUCACAUCCUCAUUCUUAUACUGCUUUUCGUGGCCACUUUGGACAAGUCCUGGUGGACUCUCCCUGGGAAAGAGUCCCUGAAUCUCUGGUACGACUGCACGUGGAACAACGACACCAAAACAUGGGCCUGCAGUAAUGUCAGCGAGAAUGGCUGGCUGAAGGCGGUGCAGGUCCUCAUGGUGCUCUCCCUCAUUCUCUGCUGUCUCUCCUUCAUCCUGUUUAUGUUCCAGCUCUACACCAUGCGACGAGGAGGUCUCUUCUAUGCCACCGGCCUCUGCCAGCUUUGCACCAGCGUGGCGGUGUUUACUGGCGCCUUGAUCUAUGCCAUUCACGCCGAGGAGAUCCUGGCGAAGCACCCGCGAGGGGGCAGCUUCGGAUACUGCUUCGCCCUGGCCUGGGUGGCCUUCCCCCUCGCCCUGGUCAGCGGCAUCAUCUACAUCCACCUACGGAAGCGGGAGUGAGCGCCCCGCCUCGCUCGGCUGCCUCCGCCCCUUCUCGGCCCCCCUCGCCGCGCGUCCUCCAAAAAAUAAAACUUAAACCGCGG